CCCUCCCCUCCCCCCGCCCCGCCGUCGUAGCCCCCUUUACCUACACAGAAUCGCCGUCGCCUCCGGCCAAAAAACCGUCGCCACACACGACCCCAAAUCUUUUCCUCUCCACACAGGCGAGAGUCGCCGGUUAGCCGGUAUAUACGCAAGAAAGCCAAGGAAAACACUCCUCCUCUUUACCCCUUCCUUCCGUUCCACAUCCAGAGAUCGACGGUUUUGAGGUUCGAGGAUGGUGGCGCCGGUGGUGAUCGCGUCGGCGGGGCUGGGCAUGCUGGCGGGCCUGGCGAUGGCGAACCGGUCGCUGGGGGACGGGAUCCCGGCGGCAUCCAGGUGGGACGCGCGCCCACGCUGCGCCACGUGCGGCGGCUCUGGCCGGGUCGAGUGCCUCUGCAACCGCUGGUCCGACGGCGACUCCGGCUGCCGGACCUGCGCCGGGUCGGGCAGGAUGCCCUGCCGCAGCUGCGGCGGGUCCGGCACGGGCAGGCCGCUCCCGGCGCGGCUCACCAUCCAGCACCAGAAGCCGCGGCCGCCGGCCGGCUACAACUGAUGGUGGUCGAGAUUGAUUAGGUAUAUGUAUAUCCAUGGAUGGUUAUAGUUCGUUCUUGCGCUCGAGGUGCAAGCGAAAAAUCAGUCAAAACUCUCUUAGCUAGUAUAUACGUCCAUUCGCGUGGAUGAGAUGUUGUAUAUGUGUCCCUGCUUCAAGACUUGUAGUAAUUGAGCAUACUUGAUGAUGAUGAUGUUGUUCAGUAAUUUGCAAAUUGCGCAACAUAAGGAAGAAUAGAGAGAGAAAAAUUGGAGAUCUUGCUAAGAACAUGAUUGAUAGGAGAGGGGCAAGUGAUGAAGAACAAUUUUGUUGGGAAGUUGCUGUAAAAAAUUGAGGUGGGUGUAAUAUAUUUUUAAUAAUCUCUUGCUUUCUUUAAUAAUA